CGCGGGCGGCGCGCGUGGAGGCCGUAGCGGCCUCGGCUCGCAGGUGAGCGGCGCGCGAGCAUCCCCUAGUCCGCGCCCGCCUCCCUCCUCACGGUUCGGGAUCCGUUUCCCCUCUCCGGAGCCGGGCCAGCGGCAAACACGCAGGAUAUAUUUUUGUCAUCAUGGAUCAAUUCGGAGAUAUAUCAGAAGGUGAAGUGGACCAUUCUUUCUUUGACAGUGACUUUGAAGAAGCAAAGAAAAGUGAAAGUAACUCAGUUUUUGACAAGCAAAAUGGUGACCCUAAAGAGAGACUAGACAAAGAUACAGAAGAUGUAAACUUGAAAUUUGGAAUGCAAAGAAAAGAAAAUGAUCUUACUGAGAAAGAAAAUGAAAGAAAAGAGAAAAUUCCUCUAGAAGAACACCCUGUAGAAAAUGACAAUACACAAAUCAGAAAUUCUUUAUUGUUGACUCCUUCUUCAAGAUCAAAAAAGAUGUGUGAUGCUACAAAAGGACAUAAAGUACAGUUGACCAUUCCAAAUAGAAUUCCCAAAAUUGUAAAAGAAGGCGAAGAUGAUUACUAUACAGAUGGAGAGGAAAGCAGUGAUGAUGGGAAAAAACAUCAUGUCAGGUCCAAGUCAGCUAAACCAUCUAAUAACUUUAAAAAAGGCAUCAGUAAAAAAUAUUCCAAAAGUAGUUCCUCUUCCUCUUUGUCCUCCUCAUCUUCAUGUUCAGGUACAGAUUGUUCAGAUGUAGGGUCUGAUAUCAGUACAUCUGAUUCACCUCCAUCAUUAAAGAAACAUCUCUCUGGUGUAACCCACUUGUCACCAAAACAUAAAUAUAAACCACGAAUAAAAUCAUCAGGAACACAGCCUUCAAGUACUAAACCAAAAGUCGGUGAUUACACUGAGGAAUCUGAAGAUACUGUGACAGAUGUCACUCCUUUAUCGACUCCAGAUAUCAGCCCUGUUCAGUCAUUUGAACUGGGUGCAUCAAAUCAUCCAAAAGUAAGAGUUAAAAGGCAAGAAAAUGUGAGUCAGGAAGUGUAUGGAAAUGUUGAGGAUUUAAAAAAUAAUUCAAAAUCUUCGAAAUCGACCAAAAAAGGGAAAGAAAAACCCGGGUCCAGUCUCACCUCAAAGUCUUCAGUGUUAGAUUCCAGUGGAGACCACAGAUAUAAACAAAAAGACUUACAUGACACAAUGGACCUGAAUCAUCUUUUGAAAGCUUUUCUGGAAUUAGAUAAAAAGGGACCACAGAAACAUCACUUAGAUCAGCCUUCAGUAGCACCUAGGAGAAACUACUCUUUCACAAGAGAGGAAGUGAGACAGAUUGAUCGGGAAAAUCAGAGACUUUUGAAAGAACUGUCAAGACAGGCUGAAAAACCAGGAAGCAGAAGUACAAUUCCUAGAUCGAUUGGUCAUCCACCUAAGUUAUAUCACAGUGCUCUUAACAGACAGAGGGAACAACAAAGGAUUGAAAGAGAAAAUUUGGCUUUAUUGAAAAGACUUGAAGCUGUGAAACCAACAGUUGGUAUGAAACGCUCAGAGCAACUGAUGGACUAUCAUCGCAACAUGGGUUAUCUUACCUCAUCACCAUCCUCAAGACGAGUGAGGUCGACUCUUGGCCAAUAUAGCCCAUUAAGAGGCGCUUCUAGGACAUCCAGUGCUACCAGUGGUCUCAGUUGUAAGAGUGAGCGAUCAGUUUUUGACACAUCAGGCGGCCUGUUGCUGAGACCUAAGCCCCCUAAUGUCCGUACAGCUUGGUUAUAAAAACUUUUUAUUUUAAACACUGUUCAUCCAAUUCUUUUUGAAGUGCUCUUGUAUAUUACUAUAAUUCUCUGUGUAAUAACCAAAUACUAUAAUAACUUUUAAGAAUUUUAAGGUAUACAACAGUGAGUUGUAAUUUAUUAUAAUUCAGUGCAAAAUUGUUUUCAAAAAAAGACCAAGUAAAAUCAGUGUUUCCUAUGAAGAUGUAUUUAUAUGAGCUGUAUACGUAUUUAACAGAGAAAUGGUAGUGUGCAUGUAUAUUUUCUCAACAUAGAAAUUGAUUCUUCUGUCAUGCUGACGAAAACAGUUAUGAUAGUAUCACUGCACGUUGGACCUAAGAUGUUAACUACGAAGGUCUCAUUUUAUGGUUUCUUUGGUUGUUUUUUUCCAUUUGUUGUAAACUUUAAACUAUGAGCAUAGCUCUUAAAUUUGACUGGCUUUGUUUUCUUUUUGUUUCAGAAUUUAGGUGUUGUGACUCAUAACUUGAUUGUCAGGUAUACUUUCUUAUCAUAAAACAAAUCUUGAAAUUUGUUUUCAUUGGUAGAGCUGAUUUAGAUUUGAUAAGUAGAUUGAGAGAAGCUUGUACUGGAGCAAUCCUCAUGAUUUGCUAGAGGUAUCUACUACCUCUGUGUAGUUGUGCUCAGUUAGAUCUUAAAAAUUUAAUCGACUAUUCCAAACCAUUUCAAACUGUGAGUAUUAGGAAGUUCAACUUAGAAGCCCUUCUUUCAUGUUUUUGUACAUUCAAGUAAAAUGCUGUUAAUGAUUCUGAGAAAUGAGGUAGGCUUUAGAGCUACAAUCUACUGCAUUAUGAAUAGUUUGUCCAAGGAUCAGUACAUCAUAAAGACAAGUAUUUGUCGAAUCAGCAAAAUAGCACUACCAGUUUGAAGACUAAGCAGAUCCUGAGUUGUGUCAGAACGGUGUUUUAAGUGAUACUAUUAACAAGUUGUGUUAUAUUUAGUAUUUAUUGUAGUAAAAGAAGAUAAAUAAGAAAUACAUUGUCUCACAACUUUAGAAUCCCAGCUAGAGUUUUUAAGAGCUGAAAAAGAAAACUAAAAUGUGAAGGGGAGAAAAAUCACAUAUUCGUUGAGACUACUUUAAAUGUCUGCUAAUUUUCUUGUCUUGUUUUGGUUUGGGCUUACAGACUGAAUCCUGGAAAUAUUUUUGCCAGUUCCACUUUUAAAGUACUAGUAAUCUUAAUGGCGUUAGUAAUGCCAAAUAGGGUGUAAUACAGUUGACUUUUGAAAUUAGAGUAUUUUUCUGGCAAUCUAUAGGUGCUUAUUUUAUCCAACAAAGUGCAUCUCGGUCACAGUUGCUUUGCUGUCCCAGUUAUCACUGUUUCUCAUUACUGGCCUUUUCAGUAUAUCUUUAGAAUGUAUUGGAAAGUUUCCAUGUUAAAUGCCAAACCUUUUUUUUAAUAUACAUAUUUGAUCUGUAGCCACAAGAAGAAGAUUUGUAUUUUUCUGGGUUAACUCAAGCACUAUAGCAUGUAUGCUGAACUUAACUUUUCUUAACCCCUUUAGAAGAAAGCCAAACUGCAUUCACUAAACAUCAAUUCAGAAUCUCUUGAUCUUAGUUUGUAUUGAUAGGUUUUGUUUAGGAUAGGGCAUGUGAAGCAUGGGAACAGUGGAGCUAAAACACUUCAUGUGAAUACAACCUGACUGAGAUUUUUGUGCUUCUUUUUUUGGGCUACGAUGUUCAUUCAUUGUUAUUUGGUGCUCUCUGUUAUAGUGAACAGGUUUUUACAUCAUUUAGUAUUCUGCUUUAUACAUAAACUUUAGCUAUACUAAUCCAAGGUUUGGUUUUUUAACUUAUUGCACUUUUAGUGUUUGUAUAACGACCUGUCUUUAAGGAAGGAUAGGAUAAUGCUGAAUUUAAAACUCAGCAUUUGAACAUCUGUCCAGUAGUGAUUAGCCAAUAUUUUAAAAUUGAUUUUUAAGUUGUUAGGGGAAAAUAUACAUGAAAGCUUUUAAUGUUCAUAAUGGCAUUAGUCUCUGAGAACAUUUUACAUGGUUUUGCUGCCAUAUGUCAAGUAUAAUACAUAAUUUCAUAGAUAAGUAUCUAAAACUUUGAUUUUAGAUACUAAUUUAAUGCCUUUAGUUUUUACUGCAUUGACAGGGGAGGUUCAUCUAGGUAUAACAGUGAUUCAUCUUGAAGUAAAAGUUGGGAAAAGCAACAAUUUUUUUUUUUAAAGCAGAAUUUACAACUUGUCAUGAUUACUUAUAUACGAUAAGUAUAAGGAUAGAAGUUGAAAAAUGUGAUAUUCUCAUAAGUCAAGGUACUUUGAAGUUGUUAUGGUUUGAGGCAUUUUUUGAAGGAAUCUUAAGUAUACUAUUUUCAUUUUCAAAGCACUACUUUAUAUUUGGUUCACUGUACCUUAAUAUAUAUACUGUGAAGAUUUAUAUCUGCAACUAGAAAUUAUAUCAACCCAAGGUCUAAAUUAUUAGGCAAGAUUCCUAUUGAGAAUUAUUUUCAUACCUGUCAAAUGUUAAACUAAUGUUGCCUCCUUUUUAAUAAGGUUCUAUUAAAGACUUUGAACUAAAAGUA